AGGGAGAUCUCCCGCAAGCUGACGUUCCCCAAGCAGCCCACCAACCCCUUCCUGGAGAUGGUGAAGUUCCUGUUGGAGCGUAUCGCCCCCGUGCACAUAGACUCGGAGGCCAUCAGUGCUCUGGUGAAACUCCUGAACAGAUCAAUCGAGGGCACAGCGGACGACGACGACGAGGGCGUGACUCCCGACACGGCCAUCCGAUCUGGCCUGGAGUUACUAAAGGUGCUCUCAUUCACCCACCCCACCUCCUUCCACUCCUCGGAGACGUACGAGUCGCUGCUGCAGUGUCUGAAACUGGAGGACGACAAGGUGGCGGAGGCAGCCAUCCAGAUCUUCAGGAACACGGGACAAAAGAUCGAGGCGGAGCUGCCCAACAUACGAUCGACCCUGAUCCCCAUCCUGCACCACAAGGCCAAGAGGGGCACCCCCCACCAGGCCAAGCAUGCCGUCCACUGCAUCCACGCCAUCUUCCACAACAAGGAGGUCCAGCUGGCGCAGAUCUUUGAGCCUUUGUCCCGCGGCCUCAAUGGCAACGUCCCCGAGCAGCUCAUCACGCCCCUGGUGUCGUUAGGCCACAUCGCCAUGUUGGCACCGGACCAGUUCGCUUCGCCCAUGAAGUCCAUCGUGGCCAAUUUCAUCGUCAAGGACCUGCUGAUGAACGACAGGUCGACGGGCAACAAGAACGGCAAGCUGUGGGCUUCUGACGAGGAGGUUUCCCCGGAGGUGCUGGCCAAGGUCCAGGCCGUUAAGCUGCUGGUACGCUGGUUACUGGGGAUGAAAAACAACCAGUCGAAAUCCGCCAACUCCACGCUGCGCCUCCUGUCGGCCAUGCUGGUGAGCGAGGGAGACCUGACGGAGCAGAAGAAGAUCAGCAAGUCAGACAUGUCCCGCCUGCGCCUGGCUGCAGGAGGCGCCAUUCUCAAGCUGGCGCAGGAGCCCUGUUACCAUGACAUCAUCACACCGGAGCAGUUCCACCUGUGCGCCCUUGUCAUUAACGACGAGUGCUACCAAGUGCGGCAGAUCUUCGCGCAGAAGCUGCACAUGGCGCUGGUCAAGUUGCUACUGCCCCUGGAGUACCUGGCUGUGUUCUCGCUGUGCGCCAAGGACCCGGUGAAGGAGCGGCGUGCCCACGCCCGUCAGUGCCUGCUGAAAAACAUCACCGUGCGCCGCGAGUACGUCAAGCAGAACCCCAUGGCCCACGGUCAGUGCCCCCGCCCCCCCG